AUGGACUUUGAACAGCAAUUGGAAAAGGCCGAAAAGCUUUCGGAGCCAUCGCUUGUGGGAGCUUCGUUGCGUUCUGCCGACGAUUCCGCCCACAACAACUACAUCCACCCGGAAAAGUACAAGAGCAAGAAGCCCAGCAAGCCCAAAAAGGGGUCCAAGAAGUCGAUUGCCGCCUCCUUGGACGAUCUCAUCAGCGAGGGCGCCUUGUUGGGGUCGGAAGAGGACUUCGAGAAGUUUCUCGACGACGAGGGCCACGUCAAGGACAACGCCAAGUACACCCAGCAGGCCAAGCCAGAACUGGACGAGCAGGCCUUAAAAGAAAAGGAAUCUUCGGAGCAGGUGUUAGCCACCAAAGACGCCGUCCCAGAGUCGCCCCUCAAGUACGAAUCGCACGCUGCUGACCCCGUCGUUGAAGCCAAGCCAAGCUUGGACCCAAACCCUUUGAAGUCCAAGGCCUCUGCAUUCUACAAGCAGGAAGAUUAUUCGACUCCGAACUUGUCGGAGUACCAAUUGGAGCACCAGAUCAAGGACCACCAUGACUUGUUGUCUUCGAUCCAGUCGUACGACCCCCACAAGUUGCCCAAGUCCGUGGAUGGUCUUUCCAUCAACGACUCCAAACAGGCCGAAAAGAGCGCCUCCAGUGUCUCCUCUAAGUCUGUGGAUCGUGACGCGUCCGAGCCAGCUGCGACCACUUUGAGCACUUCCGACAGUAUCCACACUCCUUACUUUCACACCGAAAGAGCCAGAUCGAGAUCAAGAUCCGCCAACCCAUCCCGCAAGGACGAAAGAUCCAGAUCCAGAUCGGCUGUCAAGCCACAUUUGGCCCGUGGAGACUCUUACAAAAACACCCACGUCGAUGAACCCUCAAAGUAUGAGUUGCCUGCCGAUUUAGCCAGAGCAACCGACUUCAAUGAAGAGGAGGAGGAAGACGACGGUGAUAGAAGAACCAGACAAUCCAAGCCUACUAUGGGUGAGUCUAUUGCCAAGGCUGAGGCCGAGGCUGUAGCCAGCGGUCAGUAUAAGGAAAAGGCAUUCAAGUUGGACGAGAGUUUCGCCAGAGAUACUUCUUUGGUCACCACUGGUGACUACACCAAUUUCAAUGUCGAUAACCCUUCCAAUGAAUUCAAAGCUUCCGACAGAUUGUAUGCAACUAGAUCGGAAUCGUCCACCAACUACUUGAGAUCGAUUUCCAGAUCCAGAUCAAGAGCCAGACCAAUCGACCACAGUCAUGAAAAUGAAAAGAACGAUGCCAACCCUGAGGAAUUGGUCAGAGAAGGUGCCCUUGUUACUGAUGACCCCUACACUACCAUUGAUCAUUUAGAUACCAUGGUGGAAGAAGUGUUGCACCCACGCUCUGAAGAACUCAAAAAGUCCACUUCGGAGCAAAAAAAAAACGUCAAUUUUGAAACACGUGAACCAAUCAAGCUGAAUGAUAAGGAAGACGCAAGUUCGUCGGAGAAGAAGAGUAAAGCAGUGAAAGAAGACAAAAAAGAUGAUUCCGACACAAAUGCAGAAUUGAAUGAAAUUGAGAUCCCAAAAGAGGCAGUUCCAGAAGACAAGAGUGAAGGUUCUGGACCCACUAUAACUGCUGCUGAUAUUAAAGUGAAGUCAGAGGAUUUGCCUGAAGAGGAAGAUGUUGUAUUGAAUGAACCCGAAAUUGAAGAGGUCAAGAAGGAAGAUAUUACCGACUUGGCUGCUGAGAAAAUCAAGGAAUCUGAGGUAGAACCAACUAAAGAAGUCAAAGGUUCUGAAGCAGCAACUGCCGCUGCUACUGCAGCCACUGCUUCUGAUGACUUCGAUGAUCUCGAUGUCUCGCCAGAGGAGCUUAGAAAACAUCUUGAAUCUCAGCCAAUUUACCUUUACACUUCUUUGGCUGGAGGAAUGCAAAUUGUGCCAAGAACGAAUAGGCUUGUGACCAUCUUACAGGCCAAUGGCAUCAAAUUUGAGUACCGUGAUUUGGGAACAGAUGAGGAGGCAAAGAAGAUCUGGAGAAGACAAGCUGCUGGCAAGCCUCUUCCAGGGAUUGUCAGAGGAGAUGAUUUCAUUGGAAACUUUAAGGAUAUCGAUGAAGCAAAUGAGGAGUAUAAGCUUCGGGAGCUACUUUAUGAAACUUUGUGA